AAGAUGGCGGAGUCGUCUAGUGGUGGGAAUGCCAACAGCGUACGUGUUGGCCACUACAAGAUCGAGAAGACGAUAGGCAAAGGGAAUUUUGCCGUCGUCAAACUCGCCAAGAAUAUUUAUACAAAUAGCGAGGUCGCUAUCAAAAUAAUCGACAAGAGUAAGUUAGAUGACGAGAACUUGGAGAAAGUGUAUAGGGAAAUCCAAGUCAUGAAAAUGCUGGAUCAUCCUCAUAUAAUCAAGCUUUAUCAGGUGAUGCAGACAGAUAGGAUGUUGUAUUUGGUCACUGAAUAUGCAAACAGUGGAGAGAUUUUUGACCAUCUUGUGAAAAAUGGGCGAAUGAACGAGAAAGAGGCAAGGACGAAAUUCAGUCAAAUCGUUUCGGCAAUUGAAUAUUGUCAUAAAAGACGUGUUGUACAUAGGGAUCUCAAGGCCGAGAAUCUCCUGCUUGACGAAAACCUGAAUAUCAAAAUCGCAGAUUUUGGUUUUAGCAACAUUUUCGAGAAGGGCAAAAAGCUGCGCACGUGGUGUGGCAGUCCACCAUACGCCGCUCCAGAGCUGUUUGAGGGAAAGGAGUAUCUAGGGCCAGAGGUCGAUAUCUGGAGUUUGGGUGUCGUUCUUUAUGUACUGGUGUGUGGAGCGCUUCCUUUUGAUGGUAGUACAUUACAGAGUUUGAGAUCUCGCGUACUUGCUGGGAAAUUCAGAAUCCCUUUCUUCAUGUCCACAGAAUGUGAAACUUUGAUACGUCACAUGCUGGUACUAGACUCUUCCAAGCGUUACACGAUCAGUCAAAUCAAGAAACACAAAUGGAUGUUGACAGACGGUGUGCGUGAGGUUAUUGAACACCCACCGAUGUCCCCCGGUGAAAAUGGAGCGUACACCUUCAAUCAAGACGUUUUGGAUAAAAUGUGUGAAAUGGGAGUAGCAGACGAGGAAACGAUUAAACAGACCCUGUUAAACAAGAGUUACGACAAUGUCGCUGGUAUUUACUACUUGCUCUUGGAACGUUGGAGGAAGGCGUAUAAUAAGCAAGGGGUUUUCCAAUCCAUUGUCGCGCCCAGUUCGCCUGCCGUAAAUACAUCGUAUGAUGACGUAAUAGUUGUUGAACCUUCGUCGCCGCAACGUGAUCCCAACUCACCAGAUAGCCCGAUUCCGGUUGUUCAAGUCACGCCUGUCUCGCCCACAGUCCCUGCCAACGUCGACGACACGGACGCGAUAACAGAACAACGCACGCAUGAAGACGACGAUGAAAUGCCGCAAGACAUGCGCGCGGAUGUAAAGCACUAUCUGGAAAGACGGCGACAUACUAUCAUGGCAAAUCCAUGUGUGCCGGAGCAACAACUGAUUGGUAUACCAAUACAAAGGGCAGUGCCUCGCCCAGGGAACUACUCCCCCGAGAAACGUCUACCAGCGCCAUCGAUCUUUCAAAUGCAGGCUCUCCAAGACAGAAGGGCAUCGGAAGGUGCUGCAAGUUUGGCUUCUGGAAUUUCGCAGUUUCAAGCGAUGCGUGGGCUUAAUAUGCUAUCCCAAGCUGACAACAGCCGUGAGAACUUGGGUAGUUCGGGCCUCCAUACGUUGGCAAUAUCUAGCCCUCCAAGCCCGCAGGCAAGUGAGGAACACGACAGCGGUUCCGAUCAAGAACCUGAUCCGGAAGAUGUUGCGCGGUACAUGCGGCUGCGUGGUCACAAGCGGCAUACACUCGCCGGAGCAAGUGAAAUUCCACCCGAAAUACGACUCUGUCAGUUUCCUAUGAAGACGCAACGCCGUGUGCGAACGCCAAGUCGUGAACGCGUCAACCGCGAGGGAAGCUACGUCGGUGUUCCCGGUAUGAGCAGGUAUGGUGCACGUCGUGCAUCCGAUGGCCAGGCAUCACUGCUUGCUUUCACACAACAUUUAGAACGUAAAAACAAGAAAGGAAGCUUGAAGGAGAUCCAUGCCGAGCAUCAAAAACUGCAGCAAAGAUUUUUGAACAACGGCCAACCAGACGUUCUCAAGUUGCAGCAACAACAUCAGUUUCAUCAUCAACAGCAACAACAUCAGCAACUACCCUCCCCCGUACAGCAAAGGUCGCAACAUCCCAUACUGCCUUUGCCACCAUCCCUUCGAAGACUUAGAGAUUCGAGAGGCAGGAGGUUUUCUGACGGUCCAGAAAAUCUGGCUGCCACAUUGGCGGAAUUUCAGAAUCAAUUGUCUUUAUCUCAACAGAAAAAGCAACUGCAAAGCAUCGAAAGUCAGCAUCCUUUAACCAUUCCAACCCAUUCAUCUCCGAGUCCUGGAUCCUUGUCAACGGCAGACUUUCCGAUGGACGAGGAAAUGCAAGAGAGGAAUGAAAUUUUCCCUCGGCCAAAUCAUCUUCCUGAUGAGCAGUCGGUACUUGGUCCAGGUCACUUAGAAGAUGUUAUUCAUCCGUUGCCUAUUCCAAGCCCUGCGCAUGCCGACGUGUAUAGCCCGCAGACGUCCCCAAGGGAAAUGCUUGAUAUGUUGCAUCACACGCCGGGUGGGCCCCAGCCUCAGGAGCAGCUUCAACAAGAAAUGCAACGUUUACAGCUGGAACCCAUGGGAGGACAUUUGAACAGUGCGAACACGGGAUUUAGGAGAUUAGACGUUCUUUUACCUAACCAGAGUCAGGGCUUCCAAGGUCCAAGUUCCCCCGAGAGCUUUCAAAGGCCGUUCCUUGCUACUCUUCAAAGUGAGGAACAGUUCUACGAAGGAGGAGAAAGUCCAUCUAGUCACGAUCCCUGUGGUGUAGGUUUACAAUACAAUGCCCAAGGAAGCCCAUAUCAUGUGGAAAAUCGAGGUGACAUGUCGCCUGAGCGAUUACCAGGUACAGAACCUUUUACCUCCACAGCAAUAAACCAGCACUAUUUGCUACAACAGAACACUAUGAACCAGGUCAACGGACAUCAAGAGUUUACCAAUCCUAGCUUUAUUCCAAAUACAACCACCGCAUCAUUAGCUGGUGAUAUGGAAGUGCGGGCCUUUAUCGAUGAGCAAUCUCCAGGAUCUCGUCCCGAUCAUCUGACCGCUACUUCUGCGUACGCAGCAACGCUGAACUCUGAGGCAGGAAAUUCCGGAAACCUUGCCGGUAGAGGUGGCCAUCAUCGCCGCCAUCACACAGUACCGAACGAUGAAACGCCUAAUGACUUGCUAAGGCAAGCCCAGGCGAACAAUUUAUACAAACGAUUGCCGUUUAAUAAUAAUUUGAUCACUGCUGUCUCUUCGAAAGAGGAUAUCCUUGGUGAAGAUGGACGGUUAGGCCGCUCUCUAUCCCCCAAAGGGAGCCUGUUUACAGACCCGAUGAUUAAACUUGAAGGCACGAACGGCUUAAUUACAAGUCCAUCGCCUCCGAAUCAUAUGACACUGGCUUUUAAUAUGAACAUGAUUUCACACAAAUCCGUGAGGAGUAUUUUGGACGAAGUUCGGAAUACAUUAGACAAUCGCUCCACGUCAUUGAUGUACAACCAAUCAGAUUUGUUGUUCACUUUACAAGAUGGCGAAGUGCAGAUGCAGAUCGAAGUGUGUCAGUCACCCGAGUUAGCUGUGAAUGGCUUACGUUUACGACGGCUUGGUGGCAACGCAUGGGAUUACAAGCGGCUAUGCAACGAAUUGCUGUCCGGAAUGAAUCUAUAGCCAACGGGGUAACACUCCAGAAGCAAGCUUGAAGCUUGUCAAGAUUCAUCUCAACUUCGACAAACAAGAGCUGAGUCGGUAAGCUUGAGGUUCAUUAGAGUAAGAUAUUUAGUGUACAGUCAUAGAGCAAAAUAUAUAUAUACACAUAGAAGAAUGUCCAUUCAGAUUUUGCUUUACCACUUCAUCAUCUCGAUUUCGGCGCACUUCGGGAAUGGUAGCGUUGUGUCGUAAUAUAGGUAGAUAUAUAUUUACAGCCAAAAUUAGAAUUUUUUCUCAGAUUUUAGUGAUAUCCCACUUGUCUACUUUUGCUAUCGUAUGAAAGACGUAGUCGUCGGUGAAUAAGGCCAACGCCUACGACUGUGCACGGUGGGUCAAUCAGACAGCACGGAGUCAGGCGAAAAAGGAAUUCUUCGAAUGUACGUUACAUUUGCGUGCAAUGCAUAACCAUUUCUGCACUCUACCUUUUCCCUUUAGUCCCCUACCAUUAGAAUAUUUUAAGCGGUAAAGCAAAAUCAUUUUUAAGUUGUAUAUGACAAUUGACUAAUAGAAGUGUUGUAGGGUUCACUGGAACGAGUAAGCUUUUAUGCAGCAGUCAAAGUGCUGCAGCGACACUAUAAUAUUGCAUAAAAUAAGUUGUGUGUACAGUCAUGAAGAGUAUGAAUGAAUUCAAAGUAAGGAUGAGCUUUGCGCAUGCAUCGGUUAUAUAUAGUGUAAAUGGUAACAGAAUUUCGUCGUUUGAUGUAAAAAGUAUCCUAAAUAUUGGCGGUUUAAUCAAUCAAUCAAUUAAAUUAUUGUGCAUGCAUACUGGGCCAAAACCUGCGCGGUAAUUUCGGGGGGGGGGAGUUAUUCAUUUAUUCUGUUCUGACCGAGAAAUUUAUUCUGAAAUUUAUAUGCGUACGAAGGAAAUCCCCUGGACAGAGGUAGUAUAUGCACACACCCCCCCCCUUUAAUUAUCGCUUCAAGUUUUAUCCCUGCAUGCAUAUUACCAAACAUUCUGCAUGAACUGCAAUGUAACUAACCCGGAUUGACUAGAGCCUAGGUCAAACGUCGCACUUCUCAUGCGCAAUGAUAAAAACAGUAGACAAUAAGCUGGAAAGCCUCGUUGUCUAUUGUUUUUAACGCGUUCGGCGCACGAGUAGUGCGACGUACUCGUGCGACGUGUGACCCAGGCUUAAAGCCUUGUCGCACGGAACGUCGGCGAUGCCUAAUGUCGGUGGUCACUUGGGAAUAAAGUGCUUCGUUAUUUUGUAUAAAAUUUCGUCCCCAACAAAACAUCACCGACAGGUCGGUGAUUAAUAAUGAGAACCAGACUUAAGGCCUGUUUCAACGUCCAACUUUUGAUAUGCCUUGAUUUGCAUUCGAUUCGGGACAUAAAAAGUUCGACGUCUGAAACGGGCCUCAACAGUGAAUUGGUCACAGACAAUGAACAUCAAUGAUUCCAAGAUAUAAGCAAGAACUAGGUUUUAUUAACUAACGCGAUCGGUAAACGUAAAUUAUCUCAAGAAUUCGCCAGUCUGUUUACGCAAAAUAGGAUCACGAAGAAGAAUUGGGUUAUAACUCUUUAUAUAUUUGUGCACUAAUAGAGAGUUAAGCUUCACGUUGUACGACAAACGGCAGGCUGAAAGACAAUAAGCACAAUCCAUCUUUUCUCAUAAGAAAGAAAAUGAAAAAGAGACUGAACGAAGAUUUUGCCAAAAAUGUGCCGUCUUGCCGUUUGCUGUUUCCCGGAAACUCGAAGCUCAAUAGUUUAGAAUCUGUCAGGGUAACUUAGGUUUUGACUUCAAGUCGAAAGUAGUGGUUGAGGUGGUAUACCCACGACGAAUGUUUCAAAUGCAGAUUGGGGCACAUUUGUCCUUUUCAUCAGGAAAACGUUAUUUGGGACCCGCUAGCUUGCCCAAUAACCUGGGUACGAGUGGGGUUGUAUAUUCAGCUGAAUUGUAGGCCAUUUGUCAGUAGUGAGAAUCGGGCUGCGCCCGAGAGAACCGCACUGAAUACAUAUACAGUAUAUAAAUAAACUGCUAUUAAUAUUAAGUAUAGAAAUAUUUGACAAUAUUUACUGUACAGAAUUAUACAAAGUAAUUUAAAUGAAUUGAUGUCAAUUAUUGAAAAAGUAUAUAUUAGUGUAUAGAUUUAAAUGUACGUUUUCUUGACGGAGGUGGUAUCACUCGAAAAAUCGUGUCUACCUCGAGAAGAUUUUAAAAAUCUCUACUGAAUUGCCAUUAAAUUCUGUCUAACAAGUAGCUAAAAAUUUUUAAGAACCGUUAAAACAACAAUGAACACCAUACAGGAAUCUCGAAAAUGCAAACGAAAAUCAGUAAAGAUACGUGUGUAAAAUUAGAAUCACGACAUACGAGAUUUUUAAAAUCUUAAAAAAGUUGUACGCUUUCGGAAUGGUAUACACCGCUCGUCUUA